UCCGUCACGACACAAUGCAUUCGAUACGGCGGAGCUGCCGCGCGGCGCUCCUGGACAGCACCCACGUCGCCUUUCUCGCCAAUGGCCCGCACCGCGCCUUCUCGCGCAGCGCCGCCCUGCACCGCGGCGCGCUGCCCGUGUUCCUCGAAGCAUCGUCGCCGGAGCUGUCGCAGCUGCUGGCCACGCUGAACGCGCGGGUGCUCCUGCCGCACCACCUCACGCCCGAGCAGGAGCGGCUCGUGUACAAGCCCGAGAACCGCACCAGGCUCGAGCAGGAGCCCAUCGACAUCACCCUCGGCGACGUCACGCUGCCCCUCGAGCACCUCGACCGCAACAAGGACAUGCCCGCCUACCGCGUGCACCUCCGCAGCAUCCUCAAGGCGAGCAAGACGCCCGACGACUGGGAGAAUGUCGUCCGCGCCCUCGAAGGCUACCACAACGCCGGCCUGCGUCUGCGCCCAGACCAGCAGACCAUGGCCGUGCGGCUCCUGAACAGGGCCGGCAUGCAGCACCUGAUCCUGAAGCUGGCCCAGCGGGCCAAGGCGACGGGACUGCGGCUGCGCAACUUCGAGCUGAUCGUCGCGGUGCUGCGCAGCGUGCGCGACAAGGCGUGGCAGGCCGGCUGGGAGAAGGAGGACCUCAGGAAGGCGCUCAGCAUGGCCGAGCAGAUCGUCGAGCUCAUGGAAAACGAAGAGCAUCUGGGCCAUCCCGCCGGCAACCAGCAAGACUACCGCACCCACCCCACUGUCGUUGCCGUGCCCCUGGAAAUGGCUGCCGAGCUUGCAUACCGCCACGAGGCCGACGCCGCCAAGGUCAAGCGCUAUGCUUCGCGCUUGAUGAACGCCUUGAAGCAGCAAAACUUCUUAGCCGCCGACAUGGAGAGGAUAGAAGCCUCCACCACAAAGACCGAAGCCGAUUUCAGCAAAGGACAUAAGCAGAUGCGCGCACUUGCUGCGCUACACAACGACCUGUGCACGCUCAUUCCCAUCUGGAAUUCGCUCAGCACCGCUCGCACCGUUCUAGAUGCUGACAUGCCCAUGGCCGAAGACGCAGAGCGUGUGCAGCGCCGGUUGCGCGAGCUGCUUCAAAAGGGCGAGGAUGCUGCCGAGAGACUGAGGAAGAGAGGGGGCGAAGAACUUGCGAGCGCAGAUCCCGAAGGCUAUGCCGGCUAUGUCAAGACUGCGAUUCAAGCUUGCGAAGAGGAUGCGGAUGAAGCAGAAGAGUAAAGCGGCAGGGGCUGCUGUACAAUAGCUUGUUGGAUAUAGACAUUUGGCUGUAAGAGUAGUGUGUUUAGCAUCAGCGCAAGGGCCGUUGCAUCGACACAAUGUACAAAACUCACGCUUGGUUUGACAAUCACCAGCAAAAUCAUUCCUCUUCCAU